GGGACCCGGCCAAUCCAGAACGCGAAGGCAACCACCGAAACCGAACCACGCCAGCGCGCGCCACUCGGGGACGGAACCGCCUCCUUCUUGCCGCGGAAGAAAGAAGGCCGGCCGAAUCCGCGUCGGCGACCAGCUGGCCAGCCCAACCUAUAAAAAUCCCACAUCGCCCUCCCCCUCUCUCGCUCACGGCUCAUCACGCAAUCGAUCGAUCCCCAACCCCUUAAGAAACCGGAAAGGAUUCCACGCCGCGGGAGCGCAAGGCAAGGCAAGGCAAGGCCAGGGAGCGAGAGGAGCUAGGCGGUGAUGGCGCGGCGGGGCACGGAGGCGUUCCCGGAGCUGGGCGCGCACUGCGACGAGGCCGACUGCAACCAGCUCGACUUCCUCCCCUUCGAGUGCGACGGGUGCGGCGGGUUCUUCUGCGCGGCGCACCGGACGUACCGCGGCCACGGCUGCGCCAAGGCCGCCGACCAGGGCCGCACCGUCGUCGUCUGCCCGGACUGCGGCGACGCCAUCGAGCGGGCCGCGCCGGGGCAGUCCGAGCGGGAGAUCCUGGACGAGCACGUGCGGUCGCGCCGCUGCGACCCGGCGAGGAAGCGCAAGCCGGUAUGUCCCGUGCGCCGCUGCAAGGAGCCGCUCACCUUCUCCAACACCACCGACUGCAAGGCCUGCGGCCGGAAGGUGUGCCUGAGGCACCGCUUCCCGGCCGACCACGCCUGCGCCGGGGCGGCUGCGUCCAAGGCGGCGGGCGCGGCCGCGGCCAGGAGGGCCGGCGGGGAGUGCGCCCGCGACGCGGGGAGCGGCGGCUGGGCGCUGCCGGCGGCCAUCCGCAACUUCAAGAUAUUUUGACUUUUUCAGCUGGUUGCGGACUUGCAAAAUUUAACGGCAAAAGCUCCAUGGGCCCAUGGCCUAUCAUCGUGCUUGUCAUGGCAGUGUGCCGUUGACCCAUUGUAACGCUGCUCUACAGUCUGCAAAGUAACACGACUAAGAAUACUGAUUUAUAUUCUUUUCAAAAAAAAAGAAUGCUGAUUUAUAUGAUUAUUAUUGUAAUUGUUUUUCCAUGUAAACAUGCGAUCGGUCAGAUUAGUUAUGCCGUUGGACUUU